AUGUGUUUGUUCUUUAAGCCUAAUGGAAAUAUCUCUGAAUUAAAUGAUUUAGAAAGUAAUACCGAUAGUGUUGGAGAGAUUGAUGAACUUUUAGACAAUUUUGAUGAAAACGAAACCUUUGAAUUGCUUGACUACAAUGAUAUUGAGAAUGUAAAUUACUUCCCGGAAGUUAAUGUCCCAGGUUGGUUUACCAUCGAAAAAAAAAAUAUGAAAUGGGAACAAAAACCUUUUACACCCCCUAAAAUAAAUUUAAAUGAAAUAGAACAAUCUGACUGUCCUGAUGAAAUACAAAGUCCAUUAUAUUAUUUUUCUAAAUAUUUCGAUGAUUCUGAUUUUGAAAAUAUGUCAUUUUUUACAAAUUUAUACGGUGUUCAAAAAAAUACAAAUAAUUUUAAACCUACAAAUACUCAAGAAAUGAAAGAAUUCGUAGCUAUACAUUUAAUGAUGGGUAUUUUGAAGUUCCUGCGUAUUCGCAUGUACUGGGAAAAUUCGCAAAUACAUAUAAUUGCGAAUACUAUGAACAGAAACCGUUUUUUUAGUAUAAGGUCACAUUUUCAUGUAAUCAAUAACAUGGAUAUUCCUACUAAUAAUCAUGACAAAUUUAUUAAAGUUCGCCCACUUUAUGACCGUAUUAAAAGAGCUUGUUUAAAAUUACGUACUGAAAAAUAUUUAUCGGUGGAUGAACAGAUUGUUCCAUUUAAAGGCCAUCUGUCAGUGAAACAAUAUAUCAGAGGAAAACCAAAUCCAUGGGGUAUAAAAAUUUUUUUAUUAUGUGGUCAAAGUGGCAUUGUGUACAAUAUACUUUUGUAUCAAGGUCUUAUGCCUGAAGUAUCCGAAGAAUCGCGAAAAAUAUUUGGAUUAGGUGGAGCAGUUGUUUUGUAUUUAUCUGACCAUUUGCAAUGUAAUCGCCACUAUCUAACGAUGGAUAAUUUUUUCACAUCGAUAAAUUUAAUGUAUACACUACAAAAAGAAAUUUAUGCGACAGGUACUAUACGUGUAAAUCGUUUUUAUAAUCCUCCAUUUGUAUCAGACAAAAUAAUGAAAAAUUUAGGAAGAGGGACAACAUUUGAAAUCAGCUCUAACGUUCCAGAUAUAAAUAUAGGUCUUGUUAAGUGGUACGAUAACAAACCUAUAUAUUUAUGCUCCAAUAUUGUGACAUCAGGAGAAGUGGACAAGGUAAAAAGAUGGGACCACAAAAAAAAGAAUAUGUAUACAUCGAAAGACCUGAAAUAG